AUGAAUCUAUCACUCGUCGACCCUUUCGCCCUCGCACAGGACUAUCCAGACACCCUGACCGGGAAAUUGCAAAGCGGCCAUGCUUCAUGCUUACGGUUCAGUCGCAAGGGAGACUACCUCGCUGCAGGAAGGGUGGACGGGACAGUCAUUAUUUUUGAUCUAGAGACGAACGGAGUUGCGCGCAAACUACGAGGACACACAAGACAAAUUCAGUCGCUUAGCUGGUCGAGAGACGGCAGAUAUUUGUUGAGCGCCUCACAAGAUUGGAAAUGUAUAUUGUGGGACUUGAAGGAUGGCUCGCGGGUGCGAAUGGUCCGGUUUGCAGCUCCAGUAUACAUUGCUGAAUUACACCCUUUCAACCAUCUCUUAUUCGUCGCUUCCUUAUUCGAAGAACAACCGGUCCUCGUCGAUAUAUCAAAUGCAAAACCUAUCAAGCACAUUCUACCAUCGGUUCCUCUUCGGUCGCAGGAUGGGGUCGACCCAGCUGCGGCAGCUAAGCAAGCUGCACAAGAUGCAAAGCAAUCUACCUGCGUUACUAUAUUCACGGCUUUAGGAAAUCACAUCAUUGCGGGGACGUCGAAGGGAUGGAUCAAUAUAAUUGAAACGCAGACAUGCAAGACAAUACACUCAACCCGACUUUGCAAUGGUGUCAUUAUUCUCAUUCGGCUGGCGAGUAACGGGCGCGACCUGCUCGUUAACAGUUCAGACCGAGUAAUUCGAACGGUUAUGAUGUCGGACCUCUCGCAACUAGGAAUGGGUCUGGAUGUGUCCAACAUCAAGCUGGAUCUUGAACAUAAAUUCCAGGACGUUGUCAAUCGGCUAAGCUGGAACCAUGUGGCAUUUUCAUCGACAGGAGAAUUCAUCAUGGCAUCGACGUAUAUGAAUCCAGACAUCUACAUUUGGGAACGGAGCCAUGGCUCCUUAGUCAAAAUCUUGGAAGGGCCGCGCGAAGAAAUGGGCGUUGUGGAAUGGCACCCAUCGCGACCUAUGAUCAUGUCGUGUGGAUUGGAAUCCGGAUCUAUUUACAUGUGGUCCAUAAUAACACCACAGAAAUGGUCAGCUCUGGCACCAGACUUUGCCGAGGUUGAGGAAAACGUUGUUUAUGUCGAGAGAGAAGACGAAUACGACAUUCACCCCGCGGAAGAAGUACACCAACAACGACUAGACAAGGAAGACGAGACGCCCGAUGUGCUCACGAUUGAGCACACAGACGGCGCGGGUGAAAUGGAUGUUGAUUCCUUCCGCAUGCCCAUCCUACUUGAUCUUUCAGACAGUGAAAGCGAGGAAGACAUCAUAGCAGUCGGACCGGGAACCAUGCGGCGACGAAGUCCGGGCGCAGGCCGUGAAUGGAUGAAUACAAAUGAUGGGCCUAACGCGGCGUCUGGUAGAGGCGCAACGAACGGGUCUUCUUCAAGAGCCAGAGGCAGAAAGAAGUGA